GUUGUUCGGGUGUUAACACUGCGCCUACGUGAACUUUGGUGAUGAUGCCCUGCCUUGUGCUAAAUUAAUACAGAGUGUAUUGUUUGUUGAUAUUAACCUAAAACGCUUUUCUAAAACUGAAAAUGAAGAAACCAUUCGGUUUUAGUGCGUGCCUGGGACGCCUUUAUAUAGUGCUGCACAGAUAAACCAUGUAAUAACCUCAUUUCGGAUAACCAAGCAGCUGUAUAUGGACUUCACUAUGGUAAACAGCAGUUCUUUUGGUUCUGAAGAUGGAAACACAGCCAGUUGUAUGCCAGCCCAUGGCUUGCACACCAACACCCAGUCGACAAGUCCUCUCACAGCGAGCGGUGCAACUCAGUCAAAAAAUGAUUUUCCCGACACACUCCACGGCAGACAGCUUUGCAAGUCGUUCGCUGUCGAGCCUGUGCCAUCGCAGACCGAGUUUGAAGCACCCAAAGCUGCGGACAAGAUAGAAGCCAACGAAUCAAGGAAAAGUUUAUUUUGUAGUGUUCCACUGGAAAAAGUACAACAAAUCUUACCUAAGUAUACUUGUUCAAAGAUCAAAACCACACGCAAGGUUCUGUGUCUGUUUUGCGAACGGACAUUUGUUAACGUUAACUUAAGACAAAAACACGUCGAAAGGUGCCAUUCUUUUAAACAGUUAAGACGUGUGAGUUUGAGGAAGCAUCAGAAUGUUCUGACCAAUACGUUGUGCAAUUAUUGUGAUAAAUUUGGUUCGGCUGAACACACUUUGAACGAUCUGUUCAAACACUUGAUCGAUAGUCACUCUAAUAAAUAUUUCGGAUGUUUGUUGUGCGAGGAGAGGUUUCUCAAUGCCGCGCAUCUUCUCGAGCACAACGUCAGCCAACACAAUUUCGUACCCAAAAGUGAGGAAACCCCCGAUCUUAACGACACCGUGUCUCAGUUAAACGACGCAAGUGUUGAAUCCCGAGUCCAGGAAGAAGUUCCGGUGAAAAUCACUCGGAGGAAACAGCGGACGCGGAAUGAAAACGCGGGGUCCAAUGACACAAAUGUGAAAAAUCUCCGAAGUAGAAAACUGACUGUAAAAAGUUCAAGGAUGAUCAUAAAGCGAAGCAAACGAUUGCAAGCGAAGCUAGGUGAGACGAAGAAGAAGCGCAAGGAUGUGGUCGAGAAGAAGAAGGAAAGGCAGGAACAAAUUACUAAGGCGCCCCCCAGUCACGUCAAUCCUUACCCCGAGUUUGAUCACUUCUAUCAAGUGAAAAAAAUCACCGAUCAUUCAAUAGAUAAUUUAAAAAUCAGUUCGCUCACCUUUGACGACGUGUUCGACAAGGCGUUUUUCAACAGGAUCAAGUGCAACAUCCAGGAGAACUUACUGCAUCACAUUGAUGGCAAGCUGUUCAAGAACGAAGAGUCCGAAAGCCGGAUAUCAAACUUCGAGAAGAUUUCAAACAUUCCCCAGGAAGUUCACAACGUUAAUUCGGAAAACUACGGUUGCGAAUUGUCCAUAAAUGCCAUAGCGCCGACCACGACAUUACUGUCGAAUCAAUUCGGUGACGAUCCCGAGUCACAAAUCGAAUACGGGUCUAAGCCUUCCAAGAAAAAAACCCAAGUGAAGAAGGACGAAGUCCACUACAAGUACUUCACUCGGCGAAAAUACCAAGCGAGCAUCUUGGAGCACAAGGAGAAUCGCGACUUGAGCAAGCUGGACAUGUGGACGCAGUACAUCAUCAAAAACCGCCAACAGAAGAUUCUAAACGAUAAGAAAAGCCCCAAAGAGAUUCUCGAUUACUUCACCGGUGAAGAGUAUAAGAGUAUCAUGAGGCGGGAGGAACUGAACCGAAUUUUGGACCGCCGAGGUCCUUUCGAAGAUCUGAGAGAAGAAGCGAGCAAGAAGGCAGCUUUAGACAAAUUAAACGACCAAAGUAGCGCCCCAGAGGACGACAAUUUCGCCGAGAUCGGGGAAAUCCUCAACGACAUUCUAAACAAAGUGUUUGAACUGGCGAAAGAGUCGCACCCUUCGGCCCAAACCUGCCCCCAAAACCCCACCACCGAUUUGGACCAAAACGUCUCCGAAAUUCCCAGCUAUCUCAAUUUGAGACCGCGAGUUGGUUCACUCUCCGACAAUGAAAUAGACAAAUCGGACAAAAUCGCCCUGAUCUGUUCGUCACAAGAGACUGAAAACUUCGAACUUCCAAGUAAUACAGUUAGGGGCAAGAACGAGAAAGUCGAACUGACGGGCGAAUGGGCGCGUUCACGGAUCUACGUGUGCGCAGCUUGCGGUCUCAAACUCCAAAAUAUUAAGCAGUUUUUGGAGCACAAAAGUGCGUCUCAUCAGUACAUUUGGGUGCAGCAUUACGAGUUUGUGGGGAAUCAGAGCGAACUCUACACGCACUUGAGCAUACCAGUGUUGGGCAAAGUGGGGGUUUUGGAAAACGUGGUUCAGUGUAAAGUGUGGAAAAGGAGUGACGCGCGUUCGUGCACGAAAUGCGGGAAACAGUGUAAUAGUUUGGGGGAAUUACACCGGCAUAUCCUCGAGUGUGGCGGGGAUUGGACUUGGAUGCUGGCGAGGAAGAAGUGCAAGUAUAGACCGUUCGGGGCCAAGUCCAGGAGGAAAAGGAGAGGUUUGAUCAAGCGAAUAUAUACGCAAAAAACCGAGCCCUCUGAGAAAAAAAUAUACAAGAAAUCGUUUGAUAUUCCGCGCCAGAAACCAAGCGAUGCUGACACGAUUAAACGCAUGUUGGCAAAUUUACCUCCGAAACGAGCGACUCGCAAAGUUAUGUGUCUUAAGGACGGUUUUAAUACUUCCACAAGAACCAAACAUAUAAAACCGGCAAAGCAAACAAAGUACAAAUGCGGAAAACUGAUUCACGGGAAAACGAAGGAACAAAAAACGGCAAAAUCCGAGAAAACUAGCAAAAACCAGCCAAACAACCACAGACGUUCGUUACGAAGCUUAAAUAAAGUCCUCACUAGUAGAAUCUUGGACACGAAUUCGUCCAUAAUCGCGAGGCGGAAGUACAAUCGCAAGAUAAACAUUGAAAAAAAGACGAAGAAAAAUAACGAAACAAACCAACAACCGGAAGAACAACUUGCUAAAACCCCACAAACUGAAGAAAAGAGUGAGGCGAAGUCGAAACGGUCGUCCCCAAGGCUUGAGAAACGUGUCGAGUUCAAUGGCGACAAGAUGAACAUCAAGCGUUUUUUUCCUGUGAAGAAGAAGAAAAACGGCGAAAAUGCCGGCAUAAAGCGUAAAUCGUUGGAGGAAUCGCCGGUGAAGAGUCAAAUGAAAAAAAAGCCCAAGGCGGAAAUUACCGAAACAGUCGGGAGAAAAGUAAAUCUGCGCAAAAGGAAAGUCUCCGAAAAGAACAAGCUUGAAAAAAGCACAGUCAAGACGAGAAGAUUGCGAAAUAAUGCCAACGAGUUUGAUCGAGUUGAUGAGUCUUCGAAACCGCACGAGAAUUACACCCAACGCGACAUGAAGCAUUUUUUUGAAAGAAUCGUUCCGAAAAAAGUACCUGAUCCGCCCGAGGAACCAAUAGAAGUACCGCAAACUCAAGAAAUUGAGAACACGGUGGAAACGGUUAAAGAUGAAAAAUUGGACGAAGUUCAAGCUGUGGUUACUGUCCAAGAAAAAUCGAAGAGGAAAAUCAGAAAACCUGCAAGGGGUUUGAACGAUUGCAUCGCGAUGCUGACUAGCAAACUGGGCCAAAAUUUUGAUAGUUUAGCCACUAAUGAUUUGUUUAAUGAAACUCAAGAGAGUAAAUGUGAGGAUUCAAAAACUGAAAAAUCUGAGUUUAUAUUGAAAGUUCCGUUGUUUAAUGAACAUUUUGAUUUGCAUUCCUCGCGGAAGGAAAAUGAGUGCCUUGAUAAAGCAGUACCCUUAGAAGAAGAUGUAAAACCUUUGAGUUUGGAUGAGAAAUGUGAAGAUCUGGAGAAGAACGAAUCUGUGUCUAGAGUAGAUGUAGAAGAAGCAGUUUGUAUUCCACUUGUGCCAGAAAGUACCUUAACAGAACCAGUAGAUACUAGCAGUACCACAAGAACUGUUAAUAGUGAUUCUGAAGAUGAAAUUCCGCUUUCCACACUUCUGAGUUCCGAGUCAAGUAUUUUCGAUGAAAGUAAUUUGGCCGUUAGUACAGCCAUAGAAAAGGAAGAAGAAGAAGAAGAAGAAGAAAAGUGUUACGAAACUCCAGAUCUUGAGGAAAAUAUUUGUCCGAAAUUAAGUGAAGAAGUACAGGGACCACAACCUAUAGAUAAGGAAGAAGUAAAGGUAGAAGAACAAGAAGAAAUAAAGCCGGAGGAAGAAGAAGUGAGGAUAGAAGCCGCACAAAAUAAAAUAAUGGACGUACUGAUGGAAAUUAACGAUAAUUUGUGCGAACAAAACGAGCUUUUAAAUCAUGUGGCCUCACCAGAGAAAAAAGACCCAGAAAUGACAACACAAGAAGUAAAUACGUUAAUAACUUUGGAGAAAUGUUCGGAAAAACUGAAUUUUUUAAUUAAUAACAACCUGGAAAAUGUUAGAAUAAAUAGUAAGGCCAAUUUUCUUGGCACAAAUGAGACUGUCAGUGCUGAUGAACCCUUGCAUAUCGAAGAGAAUUUAUCAGCGGAUGAUUCCUCAGAAAGUAAAGAAAAUUCGGCUUCACUGGUCGAGGAUUCUUUGAUAAAAAAUAAGUCGAAGAAGAAGCAGUCAAACAAAAGAGAAUUGAAAGACAGUGUGGCAAAUAAGAAAAGCGUAAGAAGUGCCAAAGCAAGAGCCUUGGAAUCGAUUCUGGACGAAGCCUUAUUAGAGUUAUCUGAGAAUGAGUUUUUCGAAAAUGUGAAAAAGAACGAUUCGGUAAUUUCCGACGUGAAACCAAUCGAAGAUUCCAAAAGUAACUUUCCGGAGGAAAAUGAAAACGAAUCUGAAAACGCCAAAGAAUUGCGCAGAAGCAGACGAAAUUCUAAAAAAAUCACUUCGUACAAUGAAGUUGAUUUGGUUGAUCCGCUCCUCGACGAUUUGGACAGUGAUAAAACAAUCUCAAAAAUACUGAAAGAAACGACGAAAGAUAUUUUCGGUAUCAAACGUAAGAAUCGGAAAGUGGCGAAAAAAUUGACCAAAAAUGGGCAAAACGAGAGGAAAAUCACCGGUGAUGAAUUGUUCGAUUUGUUGAAAGCAACACCGAAUGAAAAUAACGUUUUAUCGAAGCCCACAGAUUCGAUUUUUAAUAGUUUCGAUGAAAUAUCGAAUGAUUUCAACGACGAUAAUUUCGACGUGUUUGAGGAUAUUUUGGAGAAGUCGAUCGCCGUCAUUGAGGAAGAUCUAUCAGAACAGGCAGUUUCCAGCCUGGAAAAAUUCCCACUAAAUAAUACCAGUUUUCAAAAUUGCGCCGAUUUGAAACCGAAAGACAAUAAAAUGAUCAAUAAGAGAAAAAAGCCGAAAAGAAAUAACAAACACAAGGGUAAAGUCGACGAAAAACCGAACAUGCUCUCAUGUAGUAGCGACGUGGAAAACGUAUCGGCUUUGGAGUCGUUGGAUAACGAUCUGAACCCCAAAAGCAACAUUUAUUGCGAAAUCUGCAACAAGUAUUUUUCCCGAGUCGAGAGUUUAACGAAACACAAACGCACGUUGACUCACAUUUCGAAACUGUCCGAACUCGAGGCCAAAGAGGCCGAAUUGAAGGCCAAAUCAGAGAGCGAAAAAGCAGAAAUUCCCGAAAAAAACGUCAACCUUUUCGAUAUUUUGGAAGAAUCGAAACUGUUUUCGCCCCCGUUCUCGGUCAGCGUGAACAAUUCCAACCUGAAACUGGCCGAUAUAAUCAACGACGUAUUGAAUAAACCGCUGUCGAAAAAAGAGGACAGUUUUUCCGACAUGAUGUUGCCAAACGAGGCCGAAAUUCCGUCAGAAGUGCGCCGAUGCAAAAGCCUAGCUGAACGAAAAAGUUUCGAAUCGGAGAAUUACGUGAAAAAUUUGGACUUCUUCGAACCCGAAAUCAACAACGAAGCUGCCGGAAAGAUCCUCGAAAAACAGAUCACUCUACUGGAGAAUAUGAUCGAAAAUCGGUCGAGUUUGAGUUACAUUGACGAACUUUCCGUCUCUUCCACUCAAUCGUCCAACAAAAAACGCAAAGAUAGUGUUAAACCGGCCCUUGAGGACAGUUUCCUGAAGCCGGGUCAGUACGAAGAAAUCUCCGAAGAUAGCAAUCUCCGGAACUACGACGAGCAAAAGUCGCGCAAAGUGUUAAACAGAGACGAGGAGUUGUUUCUGGAGUGUUGCUCGUUGCUAAAGAGCGGCUCCGAAGUAUCGAACUAUUCGAAAAAGUCGAAUAAUGUGCGCAAGGAGAUGCACAAUCUCGAGUCGAAAUGCGAUUGGGUCGAAAAUAAUCAGAAGGAAACCGCGGAUUUUGUCGAAUGUUAUUCGGAUAAUACCAGGAUGAGGACGCCGUUAGGCGAUGGAUUUUCGCAGGAUGAUUCCAAUUCGGCUACGAUUUCGUCGCAUUGGGACAGGAAUAGCUCGAGUAAUUUCUCCAAGAGGAAGAAUUCCAAAGGGGAUGAUAAGAACUUGUCUUUCGGGGAAAUGUUCAACAACAAUAGGGAUAAAGAGGUCAUAUUUCGGGAGGAAGACGAAGGGAAGUCGCCUUUUGAUGCCCUUGUUGAAGACACAAAGUUGAGAAAUUUAGAAAUCCAGGAUGACUCAUUAAUUAAUACAUCAAAUGAGAAGAGCAAAAAAUGCAAUGAAAUUUCCACUCCUGACGGAAAGAAAAUGUUAACGAAAGGCGCGAUGAAAGUUUUUGAGGGUUUGAAAGUCUCCAUUCCUACAGAAGAAUUAAACAUCGACAAAAUUUUAAUUUCCGGUCAAUCAGCAAACACCUCAAGCAGUGACGACUUUACCAAUCUAUCGAAUAAAAAAUCGUCUUCUCUCAAAUCUUCGAAAACGAAGACUAAGUCGAGUUUAAAAAAGCAAAAUAGUAUGCCUGUGAGUUCAAAAAGCCAUGACGUCUACGACUUUGAGGAAACUCAAGACAAUUCUGAUAUUUUUACGAAACCCGAUUUUCGGAGCUUUAGAAAUAACUACGAGAAGAGUAAAAAGACUGACAAAGGAAGCGAUGAUGAUAGUCAAGAUUUUAUCGAUGCUGUGAGCUUUGAUGCAUUUUCUUCCAGUACUUCGUCGGUGUCGGAACAGCUUCCAGUCACAGCGAAAACGCAACAAAACAUCACGAAAAAGAAGUGCAUGAUCAUGGGGCGAAUUUUCAAAAACGCGGUCAAGUCCAAAGACAUCGACGAAGACAUACGAAGUAUUCCCGUGAUGGACAAUUCAAAACUGGUGGAAGACUUUGUUUUGAGCUGUCCUGAUCCCACAGAACGCAAAGUUAGAAUGACAGAAGAGGAGAGGAAUUUAGCCUUUGACAAUUUGUUAAAUAGCAAAUUUGGUGAUAGUAAAAAUCAAGCGAAAAACACCGUAACUAAACGCAAAAUCAAAACAAAGAGCAAAAAACGGCCACACGCCGGCUCAGAGUCGAGCGACGACGAAUUCAAGUUGCAAAAAUCGACGAAAAAACGGCCGAAAAAGAAGUGCAAUAACGUGGAAGAGAGUUGCAUUAACUUGGAGCAGGAGUUGCGGGAGUGCAUCGGUGUCGCGAGCAGGAAAAGCCAACGAAAGUGCACCAGCGGUAAGCAGAACGUGUUAAUGGAGUAUUGGAGUUCGGACGAAUCCUCGUUUGAAGUCGCCCUUGUGGACUCCGUUCCGAGCAAUGUGAUUAAAGAAGCCGAACCAGUCGUGGAAAAAAUCCCCGAUGCGCCUCCCGUUCACAAGAAGGUCAAGUCGCCGUCGACUUGUAGCUCAAACCGCCGGAAGAGGGCAGCCGUCAACCCGCUUUACCAUUGGUCGAGUUCGAGCGAAGACGAGUCGCGGGAUUUGAUCGAGGUGCGGCCAAUCCGGGACGAGAUUGACGAUGACGAAGACAGGCCGGUUCAGCAUGGCUGGAUCGUCGGUGAUUCCCCGAAAAAGCUGGUCACGAUGCUGGCCCAAGCCAAGGGGAAGAAGUGUGACGUGGACGGUGUUAAAGAACACGGGAAAAAAAGGACGUUCAGUUGAUAAAACGCCACUAGUGAAUAUUACUGUAAUUAAUUGGACAGUGAUAGUGUAUGCAGGCAUUAAUUGUAUUUCAAAUAUAUACCUACGAUACAUUAGUCUCAACACAGAGUUAUCCAAAGUCUUAGAGAAUUACGACAAAUUUGUAAAUAAAUUUGUAGUUGGAAAAGAUUUCACGUAUUUAAGGAAGCUUUGUAAAUAGAAAAUGUGAAUUAAAUCUCUCCGAAAAGUUCGUAUUCAUUUUUUAACGGUACUAACCAGUUCUGUUUCGUGUUCAUAUGAAGUGUGGUUGCGUAGAGAUCACUUUGCACUGCCAUAAGUCACUCAAGUCUUUUGUUUGUAUUUUGAAAAUUUUAUAUGUAAAAUAUAUGUUUUGUUAAAAUAAUUCAAUUUUACCAAUAAAUUAAGGAAUGUGUUAA